AUGACAAAUAAGAUACCUUCAUAUACGACAAUGGAGAAUGGAAAUAUAGAUGAUGAUGGAUUCGGAGAUUUUCAGAUAUCAGACAUACCACCUCCAAUUCCACCAUUAGUUAUCGAACAUCAACCUCCUAUAAAGUCAUUCAACGCAUUAAGCGAUGAUUUUGAAUCGACACCUCCUCUACAAUCAACUAAUCAUCAAAUAAAUCAUCAAAUUCUAUUCGAUGAUUUCACAUCUUUUACAUCCUCAAAUAACAACAACAACAACAACAACAACAACAACAACAACAACAACAACAACAAUAAUAAUAACAGCAAUAAUAAUGAUAUAUUAGUAUUAGAUGAGUUUAAUGAUUUUACAUUUAGUUCAACACCUUCACCUUUACCUUCACAAAAUAUCAAUAGUAAUACUAAUAACAAUAAUUUUGAUAAUAAUAAUAAUAAUAAUAAUAAUAAUAAUGAUUUUGGUGACUUUGAUCAAUAUUCAAUAUCAUCAUCAAAUAUAAAUACAUCGUUACAAUCUGAUCAUGGACAGCAACAACAACAGAAUCAACAGAGUAGCAGUAUGAGUCAGAUGAACGAUGAUCUAGAUCAUUUCUCAUCGUUUACUACACCGUCGAUCAACAGCUUCGAUACCUAUAGUAAUAGUGUAGUGAAAGGGCAGAAUGACAACACUCUGUCGUUCGAACAGCUCUCACCAGCCUCCAGUGUCAAUAGCAGCAUGCUUAUGAGCUUCAACAAUAAGAAUAAUAUCAAUGCCAACAACGAUCACACUUUUGACUCGUUCACAUCGACUUCCACCGAGAGUACCAUCCCAGCGGGUUCACAGAACGAUGACAACGACUUUGGUGAUAUGACAACCACCAACAUUGUUGACACUAACAAUAACAAUAGCAAUAACAUCGACAACAAUAACAAUGAUAAUAAUAAUAAUGGUGAUAACAAUAGUAAUACUGAUAGUAACAAUGAUAAUGAUAUUAAUAUACCAACAGCAGCAACACAACAACAAGAGGAAGAAGAAGAUAAUACAUUUGAUAAUAUUACAAGUUUUACUGCAUCUACUCCAACUCCAACACCCACACCUGAAACAACAACAACCUCUACAAUAGUAAAUGAUAAUCAUUUUGAUUUUGAAUCAUUGACACCAACUACAAAUCAACAGCAGCAGCAACAACAACAACACGAACAGUUUGACGAUUUCAAUGAUUUCAUAUCAAGUCCUGCAAUUCCACCUGUUAAUAAUAAUAAUAAUAAUAGUAGUAGUCAAGCAACAACAGGUGAUUUCGAUCAGUUUGAUGAUUUCAUUUCAAGUCAUGUGUCAGAAUCUGUUGCUACACCAACUACCUCCUCCAACAUCAAAUUAUCAGAUAGUAUUGAAAAUAAUCAACUACCAUCACCACCACCACCACUACCACCACAACAACAACAAAAUGAUACAUCGGGCAAUGGUGAUUUCGUAUCUAGUAGUAUCGUAGAGGAAACAGCAGUUGCCACUACCACCAGCGAGCUUGAGAAUAAUAAUGAUUCAUCACUACUGGCAACUACCAAUAUCAACAACAACGGUAUCGUAGAGGAGACCACUCAGCAACAGGAACCAUCGGCUGAAAAGGAAACAGAACAAACAUGUAAUAUAAUAGAGCAACAACCUAUACAACAACAUCAGGUAGAAGAUGAACAACAAGUAGUACAGUCACAAGUUUUAGAUUCUGCCAUUCCUGGACACCAACAAGAAGAACAACAACAACAAGAACAACCACACCAGAUAGUAACCACAGAAGAUUCUCAACAUCAUCAAAACACAGAUGACUUUGACGAGUUUGAUUUCGAUGAGCCACAAGAACUUUCACUCUCUGAUAUCCAACAUAUUACAAAAUCUAUAUCACCACCAGCACCAACACCAAUACCAACUUUAUCUACUAUUUCUACAUCCGAUAAUGCUGAAGAAACCACAACAACAACAACAACAACACUCGUAGAACAACCUCAAACAAUACCAACACCAACACAACAAGCACAGGUAGAAGAUGAACCACAACCACUAUCACCACCACCACCACCACAAAAGGAAACUUUUGAAUUCGAUGAUGACAAUGACAAUUUUACUUUUAGUGAACAACCAAUACAACCACCACCACUACCAAUCAAUGAUGACAUCAGCCUCAACUCAUUCAAUAAUAAUAAUGAUGCUACUCUAGACUUGUUGGAUGAAACUAUUGUCACUGUGACACCUCAUGUAGUAAUUGAAGGUGAUGAUAAUAAUAAUAACAACAGCAACGAUAAUAAUAUUAUCUCUAACAAAUCAACAUCUGCACCUUUGAACCUAGACUCUUCUCAUCUAAGCGGUGUUGCGCCACCAAUGAACAUAGCACCACUUACUCCACCAAUGACUCGUUUCGUACAACAAACUCCUGCCAUCAGCAUUGUCUCUGACAGCUUUGAAGAGAAUGAAAACGAUGAACCUAAAAAAGAUGAUUUCGGUGACUUUGGUGAUUUCAACGAAGGUGAUUCUACAAUUCCUGCCUUUGAAGAACCAGAACCAGCUGCUGCAAAAACAACAAUACCAACUUUAACAACAACCACCACUACCAAUGAUAACAACUUUGAGUCAUCAAGAUCAAACAACAAUGACAUUAACAAUGACUUUGGUGACUUUGGUGAUUUCAAUGAAACAAAUAAUGAUAAUGAUGAUUUUGGUGACUUUGGAGAUUUUAAUCAAUCUACAACCACUUCUUCAUCAUCAUCAUCAUUUGAACAACCAAAGUUACAACAAUCAUCAUCAUCAUCUUCUACUUUAUAUACAUCAAAGGAUUCAAUUGCAGUUAUUAAAACAACAUUUGAACAUGUAAAAGAGAAUAUGUUAAAGUUAUUACAACAAGAUCUAUUUGAACAAAUAACAACAUCACCACAAAUAGUAACAGAGAAUGAAACAACAAACAAAUCUUUAGAAGAUAUUUUGAAACAAUCAACAAUUGAAAAGACACUUUAUCAUAAACCAGAGCAAUCUGGAUUUGUAGCACCUCCAUCACCAUUUAUUUUAAAGAAAUCCAAGAUAGAACAGUGUUUCACCCAAUCUCUACGGCUUGGCCAAGAAGCUAUUGAUAUUAUAAACAAGGUAGAAAGUGAAAAUAUAAUUCAACCAUUAAAACCAAUUUCAUCAACAACAGUUUUACCAACCACCUCAACGAAACCCAAUAAUACCAUUGUUACAACAUCGACAAGCUUUGAUUUUAUCGAUAGUUUGAAUUCACAACCAAACUCGGACAAGAAGAUCAAUUUAGGUGCUACAGAGCCUUCGACUUUGCUUGGAGUUGAUUCGCCAAAGAGCAUUGGAUUCGGUGCCAACUCUGUCAAUCCAUUCAACGAAGUGAUGUCAAAGAUUCCAGAUUUAACCUUUAUGAUUUCGACCACCUUGAAGAUACCUACCAAAGCUAAAAACUCAAAACUCCCCACCGUUCCAUUGAAGUUCAAAGAUUAA